AAGCCGCCUCCCCGGCCGUCUGGGAAUUAUUUGACUAAGCCAGCUCGCUUCCACAAAAUUGGUCGUCUCUGGAGGUCCGAUGGAAUGGAUCCGUCAAUGAUCGACACGUCAGGAAGCCUCAAUCGCUCAAUAAUCGCUGUCAAUCGGUCGAAUAACGGGCGUCUGCCAACUUUUGGGACCGAUGGACAAGAACCGCCGGCCACCCGGCACUACGGAAGGCUUCCGCGCGAAUGGUCUCGGCGCCGUCCAUCCCUGACUGGGAAGGCCAGACGAGUUGCCUAUUAUCGAGCCACAGUUAGGGGGCUGAACGCGACCAUUCUGCCGGGUAGGUUCUAG